AAACUCAUUCUUGGACUCCAAACAAGGCCUUGCAUGUUUCUCUGAGUGUAGGAGUCACUGGUGUGGAGGACUGACUGAGCAAGACACAGGGAGGGAGAGGGAGAGGCAGUGUGAGUUCGGAGACUAAAGCUUUGAGUGCUGCAUGUCACACGAUUGCAUUGAGACCUACUGCGGUGGAUUUGGAGAGCUUGUUAACCCCUUGCAAUGGCCUCAACUCCGCAAAAAACGACGGUCUCUGCUUCUUCCUUUCUCGCCGACGAUCUUCCUUCUUCUUCUUCGUCUUCCUCCAUUUUCCAGGACGCCACCGCUUCGGCUUCGGUCUUGGCCUCCGCAGCCAAUGCCGAGCAAGAUUGUAGCGUCGCCUCCACCGAUCGCGGCAACGAUCAGCUCGGUAAGAAGGUUGCCAUGGCGUCAGUGAUCCACGCCGUAGAUUCACUACCAGAACCUUCCGCCAAUACCUCUUCCAAAGGGAUUCAGACUAUGCUGAGGGCUCAAACAAGACAUCCUUUGGAUCCUUUAUCUGCCACUGAGAUCUCAGUGGCAGUGGCAACUGUCAGGGCAGCUGGAGCCACACCAGAGGUCAGAGAUAGCACGCGCUUCAUAGAAGUGGUUCUGUCUGAGCCAGAUAAACACGUUGUUGCUCUGGCAGAUGCAUAUUUCUUCCCUCCUUUCCAACCGUCUUUAGUUCCAAAAACCAAAGGCGGACCAGUGGUCCCUAGCAAGCUCCCACCAAGGCGAGCUAGACUUAUUGUCUACAACAGAAAGUCAAAUGAGACAAGUGUAUGGGUUGUUGAGUUAUCAGAAGUACAUGCUGUAACCCGCAGUGGACAUCAUAGGGGUAAAGUUAUUUCAUCACGAUUUGUUCCAAAUGUUCAGCCUCCAAUGGAUGCUGUAGAAUAUGCUGAAUGUGAAGCUGCCGUGAAAGACUUCCCUCCAUUUAGAGAGGCAAUGAAGAGGCGGGGUAUCGAGGACAUGGAUCUUGUGAUGGUUGAUACAUGGUGUGUUGGUUAUCACGGUGAAGCUGAUGCUCCUUGCCGAAGACUUGCCAAACCACUUAUAUUCUGUAGAACUGAGAGUGACUGCCCUAUGGAAAAUGGAUAUGCACGCCCAGUUGAGGGUGUCUGUGUACUUGUUGAUAUGCAAAACAUGGUGGUGAUUGAGUUUGAAGACUGUAAAUUCGUGCCCCUACCUCCAGCUGAUCCACUGAGGAAUUAUACUGCUGGUGAAAGCAGAGGUGGUGUUGAUCGAAGUGAUGUAAAGCCUUUACAAAUUACCCAGCCUGAAGGUCCAAGCUUCCGUGUUGAUGGCUACUUUGUAGAAUGGCAGAAGUGGAAUUUUCGUAUUGGUUUCUCUCCUAGAGAGGGUUUGGUUAUAUAUUCUGUUGCGUACAUUGAUGGUAGUCGAGGACGAAGAUCUGUGGCCCACAGGUUGAGUUUCGUGGAGAUUGUUGUGCCUUAUGGAGAUCCAAAUAAUCCACAUUACAGGAAAAAUGCCUUUGAUGCAGGGGAAGAUGGCCUCGGAAAGAAUGCACACUCUCUUAAGAAGGGAUGUGAUUGUUUGGGAUAUAUCAAAUACUUUGAUGCCCACUUCACAAACUUCACCGGAGGUGUUGAAACAAUUGAAAAUUGUGUAUGUUUGCAUGAAGAGGAUCAUGGAAUUCUAUGGAAGCAUCAAGAUUGGAGAACAGGCUUAGCAGAAGUACGAAGAUCUAGACGGCUGUCAGUGUCUUUUGUAUGCACUGUGGCUAAUUAUGAGUAUGGAUUUUUCUGGAACUUUUAUCAGGAUGGAAAAAUUGAAGCUGAAGUUAAACUUACAGGAAUUCUCAGCUUAGGAGCAUUGCAACCUGGAGAAGUCCGGAAGUAUGGUACAAUGAUAACACCGGGUUUAUAUGCACCUGUUCAUCAGCACUUUUUUGUUGCUCGUAUGGACAUGGCUGUAGAUUGCAAACCUGGUGAAGCUUUCAAUCAGGUUGUAGAGGUUAAUGUUAGAGUUGAGGAACCUGGAGAGAACAAUGUUCACAAUAAUGCCUUCUAUGCUGAAGAGAGACUGCUCAAAUCUGAGAUGGAAGCAAUGAGUGAUUGUGAUCCUUUCACUGCUCGGCAUUGGAUUGUGAGGAAUACAAGAACCGUCAAUCGCACUGGACAGUUAACAGGCUACAAACUUGUACCUGGUUCAAACUGUUUGCCAUUAGCUGGUUUGGAGGCUAAGUUUAUGAGAAGAGCUGCUUUCUUGAAGCAUAAUCUUUGGGUUACACAAUAUGCUCAUGAUGAAAUGUUUCCUGGAGGAGAGUUCCCUAAUCAAAAUCCACGUGUUGGUGAAGGAUUGGCUACAUGGGUUCAGAAGGAUCGAUCUCUGGAAGAAACAGAUAUAGUUCUUUGGUACGUAUUUGGAAUCACACACAUCCCUCGGUUGGAAGAUUGGCCUGUUAAGCCAGUGGAGCGCAUUGGCUUUAUGCUUAUGCCUCAUGGGUUCUUCAACUGCUCUCCUGCUGUAGAUGUUCCUCCCAACUCCUACGAAUUGGAUGCCAAAGGAAAUGAUGUCAAGGGCAAUGGGAUAGCCAAGACAAUUCAGCCUGCAUUGCUGGCGAAGAUGUGAAGAGAUGUUGCUUUCUUGUGAAUGUCUUUUAUAUGUAAAAGAAAGGUGACAUUCUGUUGCUUUCAAUUCAAGCAAGCAAGAAGUGGGGAGUUCUUCAAUCUCUAUAAAAUGGAACUUUAUUCUGAUUUUGU